GUUGGUGACACACCUUCGUCCCUCUCUGUUUUCUUGAGCGGGUGAUAUGUCGGGGAAGGUCACGUGAGCGCGCGUCGUCUGCUCCUCUGCCAGUUGUCCCUGCCUCGAUUUACUGAAUCGCGAUCCACGUCACACAUGCCAACAUCUUCCCCUCCCAAAAAGGAAACAGCCCCCCACAUUGAGGGACGUGAGGACAAAGCAACCGCAGAUACUCAGUGAGCCUCAAACUCAUUCCCAAGCCCAAUUAGGCCUUUGUUUUUCUUUGAAAGCCUGAACCUCGACCUCAUUCAAGCUGCAGUGUUGACGAAAAAGACACUGGAGUCGGUGUGUUAGUAUUUAGGACUCGGCUGCUCACAUUUGAAAGGGAAAGCAGUUACAUCGCGACCGCCAGCGAGAUAUUUCACCUACCCGGUACCUAUUGACUUCAUCCCCGAACCUUUACUUUACACCUGAGCACACUGUAUCGCCACGCAACUCACAAACCAAAAAAAAAAAAAAAAAAAAGCAUAUACUUGAGAAGUUUCCAGCCUCUCAUCUUCUUCCCUUUCAAUCCUCCUUUUCCCCUCUCACUUCUGCCACACCGAACAUGUCGGAAGAAAGGCAGGUCAUCGACCUCGGCGGGAGCGACUCCGAGGAUGAGGACCUUCGCAUCGCCAUCGCUCUCUCCCUCGGCCAGGACCCAGGUUCGCGACGUACCAAUACUCCAAGGAAACACGAGACCAUCGACCUGACCCUUGAUGAUGAGUCACCAGCCGCCGGGGACACUGCUGGACCAAGUAGACCUAGUGGUGAGGAUACCCAGGUCCGGGACCAGCCUGUCCCCGCAGUCAUGACGACCUCGACUUCUGCCUCACAGCAAUCUGAUACUCCUACGGCCUCUCAGGCGUUAGCAACGGGCCUCUCGGCGCUCGGGUUGGACAGGAAGAAGAUGGAGGAGGAAAGACUUGCUCGACUUGCCCAGAGGAAGAGAAAGGCAUCACUUGAGGCGCCGGCUCCGUAUUCCAGUUUGGACACCCGGUCGACUCAGAUUCCGAGAAUGUUGGGUGACGAGGGGAUUUUUUCCCACAGCAAGGGUCGAGGGGAUAAGAACGAUACUGGCUCUUUAACUCCAGCAGUCAAGGCCAGUUCAAGAGGGAUGGAUAGCUCAGGGGCCAGUCAUGGGAGCACAUGGGGGUUAGCAAAUGCAGUCGAAAAAUCAGUCAGUGACAGCACUCACAGUAAUUCCAACCGUAUCCUUCCACCCAGGUCAUCUCCGACCAGCCAUCAAGUUCAAACCCUCCCAUAUCCCCGCGGCGUCAUCAAGAAGACUUGGAUCUACCCAAGCUACCCGCGGGCUGGCGACGAUGUCAAGAUUGAAGAAGUCCUUCAGAAGGAUAUUCUCGAGCUGGCCGUUAUCAGCUCGUUUCAGUGGGAUGAGGAUUGGAUGCUGUCCAAGAUUGAUAUCUCAAGGACUAAGCUGUAUCUGAUUGCUUUUGCGAAGAGUGAGGCGCAGAAGAACGAGAUGAGGAAUAAUGUCCCAAAGAGCAGGAUCCGGUUUUGUUUUCCGGCCAUGCAGGCUGUGGGUGCGAUGCAUUCGAAGCUGAUGCUGCUCAAGUAUGAGGGUUAUUUGAGGGUUGUGGUUCCGACGGGGAAUUUCAUGUCGUAUGACUGGGGGGAGACGGGGACGAUGGAGAAUAUGGUCUUCCUUAUUGACCUCCCCAAGUUCAAGAACACGGAGGAGAGAGACGCGGUUCAGGGGGGCGGGCUCGGCUCCUUUGGCGAGGAUCUCGUGUAUUUUCUGAUGGCUCAGGGGGUUGAUCCGUUGUUGAUCAAUAGCUUGCGGAGCUAUGACUUUUCGGAGACGAGGAGAUAUGGCUUUGUUCAUACCAUUGUCGGCUCUCAUACCACAGAUGAGGCUUGGAAAAGGACUGGAUACCCUGGCCUCGGUCGGGCAGUCGCCGCUCUCGGUCUCGCGUCCAGUGACCCCAUCGAGCUCGAUUACGUGAAAGUGUCUGACGAUGACGUGUUGGAUCAUGUCAGGGUGUACUACCCUUCGGAGAGGACGAUUGUGACCAGCAAGGGAGGGAGAGACGGCGCCGGAACGAUAUGCUUUCAGGAAAAGUGGUGGAAGGCGUCGGGCUUUCCGAGGGAGGUGCUGCGUGACUGUCGAUCGAGGAGGGAGGGAGUCGUAAUGCAUUCCAAGGUGGCGUUUGUGGGCCGGGGGGGAGGGAGGCGUGGGUGGAUGUAUCUGGGAAGUGGGAACCUUUCGGAGAGUGCUUGGGGGCGGCUGACGAGGGAGAAGGCUGGCGGUGGGGUGAGACUGAACUGUCGGAACUGGGAGUGUGGCGUUAUUUUCCCUGUUGAGUCAUCACUGGCCGGGGGUGACAGCUGGGAGGCGUUUGAGAAGGCUGUGCCCGUGCCGAUGGUUGUGCCGGGGGAGAGGUUUGGGAUGCCGGGGAGUGAAGGGGGGUUGGUGCCGUGGUUCAACUGACAUAUUAGGUUCAGUGGGGGCAUGCGAUACCAUGGGGCUUUAUUGGCUCUACGAUUUUCGGCCAUGUUGGCAUGGAGGUGAUUCACCUGUUGUGUGGUGACGAUGAUACUGUAUCAACAACUGAAAAACUCUGUUUCUGCGUGAGCACGAUUUACAGAGGUACAUGAGGGAGUCUCGAUGCCUUGUUAUGGGUGGUGGGGGGGUGGAGUCAAUGUCACUGAAGUCUAAUCAAGCAGAGUUUGUCUUCACAGGAGGGUGUCCACUUCGUUGUUGGGAGAUAGGCGGACGGCGCGCGCAUGAGAAUCUUGAGGGUGAGUACAUGUGUUUUUUUGAACUUUGUUUUGGUGACGGCUUCAACCUAGGGUGGGCGAGGGCGGUGGAGCAUGCUGUGGGUACCGUCAGAGCCAGAGCCUGGGCCGUGUCAUGAUGGUAAUUAGCUCGUGAUAUGAGAUUAGGCGAUAUGCUAGUCGCUGACCUUGAUAGGAGACAUGAAGGUCACGAAGAUGAUUGCAUGCGCAGAGGGACCGCCAUGAGAGCAGAACCGGAUCCGGCGAGAUGCUGGUGAACAGCUCGUGGCGACAGGGCGAUUAGGCUGGUUGCGUUUGGGGAACAUGGCACGCACAGUGAAGCUUGAACAUCCCUGGCACGGAGCCGUUUGGUUAAAGUUCACGAUUGCAAUUGCCUGCCGCGGGCUUUUGCCUUGAGGAUGAGGCUCUGGCCUUGAGGAUGAGGCUCUGGCCUUGAGGAUGAGGCUCUGGCCUUGAGGAUGAGGUUCUGGCCUUGAGGACGGGGCUCUGGAACAGCCUUAUGGGGCAGGUAGGCGGGUGACGACUGGGGGCGGCAUACAGAGGAGAGUGAGUGGCUCACGACCUACCAGCUGGCAGAUUUUGGGAAAAUCUCGGGACCGAGGAGCAGAUGGAUUUUUCCGGUCUUUGGGGGUUACCUCGGUAACGGUUAGGCUUCCGGAAAUCGUUAUUGGUGAAAGAGUUCGGGACAGAGGGCCUUUUCGACGUUCGGGACGAGAUGAGACAUUACCACCGCGGUUUUGAACAGGAGCUUAUGGGAUGUCGAGGGCUCGUUUUUGACGACGGCUUUGGCCAAGGGGGGUUUGGGUGAGAAUAAGUCCCAAAAAAGGCGUUGUGUGUAUAUGUGAUUGGAAUAGGGAUUGGGUGAUAUGGGCGUGUCAGGAGAGGAGGCAACUUGGCGCGAGGUGGAAGAUGGGGAGAGGAGCAGUCACGGUAAAGGGAGGCGUGUUUUGGGUCCAUGUCUGUUGUUUGGCCGUAAUUUGUUUGAGCACAGGGAGUGAGCAUUGCAGAUUUUAGGACUACAGCGCCACGACUUCUUGGGGUAGACAGAAUAUUUCUCUACAAGUCUGGGGCUCAUUUCUUUUGGUCGGUGGCGACGGAGUGGGGAGAGGAUUGAACGUGGGUGCUUUACAAGAUACCUUUGACUGUGGUGGCCCACAGGAGGCAGGACCUCAUGGUGCUCCACCCAUGUCUCCGAGAAAGGAAGUGCUCCAGACAUAUAAAUGGACCAGUUAACAGCUAAAAAAUACCACGUUUACCAGCCUUCAGUCACA